CCUGCUGGAAGAGUGUUGGGCAAAUGAGCCGAAACCUGCCCGCAGCUCAAAUUCGCGCUUCAGCACGACCAGCCCUGGCCGAGCAUGUGCAGUGCCUCCUCCCUCGGCGGUGGGGGUUGACUGGCAGUUGUGGCCCAAACGCUCGUUAAUCGGAAGAGGCUCUGGGCCCCCGACGCCCCCGGGUCUGGGGCCGAGGCUCGGUGGCGGAGAUACCGGGCCUCUGCGCUCUCAGCCCGCAGCCCGCAGCCACCGCGUUAAACCUAAGCACCCUACCCUCGGGAGAGAAGGGAUCGCUGGGGUUCUGGAUGCGGGCUUCCAGGGAAGAUGCUCUUCGCGGUCCCGCGCCUCCUCGGGAAGAUCGCUGAGAGCGGAGCGCGAGCGCGGGGCACGCCGGCCCCGGAACGGCGGCAGCCCGCGCCGCGCGUGUCUGCGCCGCCGAGCCGCCUCCCAGCUCGCUUUCCCCAGUUUGCGUUCCUGCUGCAGUCCGGGCCCGAAUUAACUCUCUUCACUUGUGAGUGAGCACACACAAGUUCCCCGGGCACGAUCCUUCCAUCUGCUUCCCUGGGGGAGCCCAGUUUUUCAACGAUUAACCUCCCAGCCAAGGGGCGGAGGGAAGGUGGCAGGAUGGUGGGAGCGGGGCGGGGAGAGGCGUUCUUGCGCGUUCAAAGGCAGCAAAAUUAGCUGCCGGCACUCAAUGGGUUUACUUUCUUCGAUUUUUGACAAACAAAUGCAGGGGGAUGCCUGCUCGGCCGACUGCCGCCCCGGCCCGGAGCCCUGGGCUCACUUCGCAGCCUGCUGCCGAGUUUCGCACCGCAGUCCUGCUCAGCAUCCGCCGAGCUUCGCCCCCUUGCCCAAGUCUGCAGAUGGAUGGAUGCGGGGCGCAGGCUUCUCCUGGUCAGGUUAACGCUGGCUCCGGCUAAAGCCCCGAAGCGCCCACCUCGCGCCUCCCGUUUAUCUGCUCGCCCCCACCACCACUACCAAAGGACGUGCCCCUCUGGUAGUGUCGGGGCUCCCAGCCCAAGAGAGGGGGAGGACACCUCCCUCUCCCCUCCUCCCCAUCCCCGCCGCGGCUCGGGGUUUUACUGCAGCAGCCGGAGGUGACAGCGACGCCUUAGCCUCCUCCGUUGCUCUCAGAGCCCUGGCUUCCCCUGCAUCCGGAAAGCGCCCCCUCCCGAAAGGCUGGUCCUUGGAGAAGUGCUAACGAGCUGCAGAAAACCAAAUUUAAAAAUGUAGAAGUCGCUGGGCUGCAUUCCUCCGAGGACGAGCCCGAUCGCCCAGGACAGAGAGUGGCAGCGUGUGGGAAGUUGGGACCGUAGAGCAAGGGGGGGGAGGGGAGUGGUGCAGCCGGCAUUCUCUUCUGGAAGGAAUCGCUGGGAGCAGUGCGGUUGGACACAAGUUUGCGUGGGAGUGUUUUCCUUUUGUCAAUAAUUAAUCACCGGAAUUGGUCUGGCAGAAUUGGAGUUUUAGCAAUAGUGCAGAGGGCGGGGCCGAACACCUAAUUCCAGGAGGCUCUGAGGCGCCGGGCGCAGUGGGAAGCUCGCAGCAGCUGGGGAGGAGCCAAAGCUUGGGCGCUCACCUAAGCCGCAGGGAGAUACACCCAACCCAACCGGGAGAUGAAGAAACAGCAACCCAGAGAAGAGAAGUAAACCACACAGGAUCAUUCCACAGAGGCACAAAGGCAAGAACCAGGAUCUGAACCCUCCUAGGCUGGAUUCCAUCCAGGAUAACACAUUACAUCUAGUUGUCACAUUUCCAUAGGCUCCUUUGAGCUGUGACAGUUUCUCACACUUUGCUUGCUUCUGAUGACCUUGAGAUUUUUAAGGAGUACUGAUCAGGACAGACUUUCUGCAGCUUGAAGGAGCCAACCAUGGAUUUCAAGCGUGUGAAGGACUACUUCUCCUGGCUCUACUAUCAAUACCAAAUCAUUAGCUGCUGUGCUGUCCUGGAGCCCUGGGAGCAAUCCAUGUUCAAUACCAUUUUACUAACCAUUGUUGCUAUGGUGGUGUACACCGCCUAUGUUUUCAUCCCAAUUCACAUUCGUCUGGCUUGGGAAUUUUUCUCCAAAAUGUGUGGCUAUCACAGUACAAUUUCGAAUUGAUCUUGUUUGCAUUCUGUGACUUGGCAUUGCCUAUGUAUAUGUUGCUUACAACUUACCAAUUUAUGUGAAUACUAUGUCUUCUUUCACUGUCUGCUCUGAAAAGCUCUCUUCUCUAUGCACUCUUAUAUCUUGCCUGAAAUGUGGGAUAGAGGUUCUUUCAUACACUCUACAUUGUGCAUCAACCAUAUAACACAAACAUCUUACCUCACAUGCCAACCAUAUUCUCUCAACUGAAACCUACAACUUUAAAUUUUUUUUUAAUCAGGAAAUUUCAUAGAAAAUUCUUCUGAAAAGUCGGCUCAUAAGAAACCUACCAGAAUCAUUUAAAAUGCUCCCUUGAUACUUAUUCUGUACUAAAGGGUAUAUUUUUAAAAAAAAAAUUUGUUCAUAAGCUCCUGUCAAAAGUAUCCUAUCCUUGUUUACAACAUAUAAAAAGACAUGAAUAAAUUAUAUGGGCCUCCUAAAGUCUUAUUUUCUAAUAAAUUGCUGAUACCUAAAAUUCUUUUACUUCAAGUGCAAAAGAAUAGGCUGGAGGCAAUUAUCUCUUUUCAGACAUGGUUCAUGAAUUAUUUCAAAUGCCUCUAAAAGUCUGGCUUUAUAAGAGUUUAAAAUCAACAAUGUUCUAAGAGUUUAAAAUCAACAAUGUUGAUUUUAGAUAACCCAGUAAGUAUUAUAAUACAAAAAAUAUUAAGUGUAAGGAACAAAAUAUAAUCAAAGUAAAUUCAGAUAUUGUGACUUGUGGGGCUGAACCUUGCCUUGCAUGAUGCUGGGGAGGGAGGUGGGAAGAGAAAAGAAACUGCUUUCUUUCUGUGAUUUCACUCAGUGGAGGUGGUGGGGGGAGUACGUACUGGGCUACAGGAAGAAAAGCUAAUAAAUAGGCUGGAAGUAAUAUUCUACCAGCAGGAACUCGACAGCUCCAGUUAAAUGCUUUGAUAUAGUGGCUCCUUUGCACAGCGAAAACAAAAUUUAUUAAAUUUCCUUCAAAGUGUUUAUCUUAAAAACAAAUACAAGUUUUUAAUUGUACUGCUGAAUCAAAUGUGAAUGCCAAAGACCAGACAUUACAGUUUGUCUUUCCUUUCAAUAAAUAUUAAAGUUCAUAAUUCUGA